AUGUGGGUGGAGCUUCCUCUCCUUGACAAAGAACUAGUCCCAGUAUAUGAUCUCACAGUUGUGGCCAUUGACUUGGGCGACCCAUCACUUACCGGGACGGCCCAGGUAAUUGUCCAUCUUCUCGAUGAGAACGAGUUUCGUCCCGUAUUUGACCAGGAGGCGUACCACGGCUUCGUCCCUGAAAAUGCAGCUCUGUUGUCACCAGUCCUCACGGUCAAUACUUCUGAUCUUGACUACAUGGAGAAUUCUACGUCAGUGUUCAGUAUUGUUGCUGGUAACAACCGCACAAUGUUUGGCAUCGAUUCGUCGUCAGGACAACUGUACGUGGCAGGGAAUCUAGACUAUGAGGACAUGUCCGAGUACUAUUUGGUCGUCAUGGCGAGGGACAGUGGACCAAUCAGCACGCAGCUGUCCAGUGAGGUAAAUGUCAGUGUCACGGUAACUGACAUAAACGACAACAUCCCAACAUUCCUCGACUCCAACUUUGUUUCAGCAGUCCAGGAGGAUGCCCCUCCACUUACGCCGCUAAUUGUAUUAGAAGCCUUCGACGAAGAUUCAGGGGCCAAUGCUGAAAUUUCCUUUGCCCUCGACCCCCUGGGGGACAACAAAUUCUUUAUCGUGGACCCCCAAACUGGACUGCUAUCUCUUUCACCUAACACCAGUCUUGAUUACGAAAUACAACAAACAUAUGAAUUCAUUGCCAUAGCAACUGAUUCUGGUAUUCCACCGCUGAGCUCCAACACCACUGUAACCAUAGCGAUAGAAGAUGUUAACGAUAACGCCCCUAUUUUUGAAUUCGCACUAGUCGAUGCAUCGGUUGUGGAAAAUUCAGCUCCGGGGCAGAGUGUCGUUUACGUCACAGCAACAGACGCUGAUAGCGGAGAAAACGCCGAACUCUCCUACGACAUAAUGAGGCAAAUUGAAAAUGAGAGUGACUGCUACUCAACCUGCCAGACACCCGAUGAUGUGUGCACCUCUUUCCCCACGACCUCCGACUCAACCGCCUCAUCUUCCUUUGUCGUUCACAACCAGAGUGGACUAGUGACAACUACCUUCCCCCUGGACCGCGAAGAGAGAGAAUCACACCUCCUGGUGGUCCAGGCCACCGACUCCGGCCGAGAAACCCGUCUGUCCGGUCUGACCUGUCUCCUGGUGACAGUCGUUGACUGA